UGGCAUCAUAGACUUUUCGCGGGAACUGUGUCAUCGGCACGCAGAAGCUGCUCACUGGUGCACUGGUCUCGACAACAGGCUGACUCCUACGCGGUUCGAACGAGUGAUCGGGAGGCCAUGCACGCGCAGGACUUUGUUAUCUAGACCUGCCUUGCGCUGUUUCUUCCACUCGCGAAUAUUGCACAAUACUCAGACUCGUCCGCAAGAGAGCUAAAGAGAUGCUUUGCACAUCCAUGUCCUCCUCAAGACUCUGAUGUCACCCAUCUAUGGUUACUCGGGACGCCCAAUGCCCCAGGAACUACACUUCUAGCGCAGUUGGUGCCGUAAAAACCAGUCAGUUAAGUAUGUCCCUUGGCUUCGCGAUUCGCUAACAUUCUAAUCUUGUCCUCUACGUACUGCAGCCGCGGGCAUGACUGUCCGACGCAUCAGAUGCAUGCCAGGCGCUCCACCGCGGAGUGCGUAUAAAUGCAACCCGCGAAGAAUGGUGGGAGCGCAAGUCCAACAACACAAUGCUCAGGAAGUUAUCGAUGUACAGCAGACUGCUCGUUGUGACCAUUGCAGCUGCGCGGAUCCAUGCUCAGACAGAUUUUGAUUGGCAAUCGCUGCCCGCUACGGCGGCCCUGAGCUGGGUACCCUGCUACUCGACACUUCAGUGCGCACAAUUAGAGGUUCCUCUUGACUACACGUCGGAUGCCGGCAAUGCAUCCAUCGCGAUCGUGCGCCUGCCCUCCACUUCACCUGCAGACCAGUACAAAGGCCCGAUCCUGUUUAAUCCUGGCGGACCGGGAGGAAGUGGGGUAUCUGCCAUUGUUGGUGUGGGCCAGCAAUUCGCCGACUUUCUGGGGCCGGAGUUCGAUAUUGUCGGAUUCGAUCCACGAGGUGUGGCGAACUCGCGACCUGCUGUCUCCUUUUUUGAGACGGCCGCCGAACGCGCGUUCUGGACGCCGCCAGACUUGAACCUGCGCUACCCGUCGUACAACGCAAGCCCGGCAGUCAUACCGAACCAGUGGGCGCAGUACCAGCUCAUCGGACAGCAAGCGGUCAAGACGGACACCGGAGACUGGCUGAAGCACAUUUCAACGGAUAAUGUCGCCAGGGAUAUGUUGGAGAUAGUCAAGGCAUUUGGGCAAGACAAGCUCAUGUAUUGGGGGGUCUCGUAUGGGACUGUGCUGGGACAGACGUUUGCGACGCUGUUUCCGGAUAACGUCGGACGGAUGGUUAUUGAUGGCGUGCUGGAUGGGGAGGCAUGGUAUUCUGCCAACCUCACAGAAGCUAUGACCGAUACGGACAAGACCCUGCAGGCGUUCUAUGAUGGAUGCGUUGCUGCCGGACCGGCCGCGUGCGACUUUUACGCGCCCACCGCGGCUGAGAUCGCGGCCAAUCUCACCUCGCUGGUGGAAUCAAUCGCUGCGCAGCCAAUUCCGGUGCUCAACAAUGUCUCGCACGGAAUCAUCGACUUUAGCUGGAUUCGCAACCUGAUCUUCGCCGCCACGUAUAGCCCUUACGACUCGUAUUCGACCUUCGCGACCCAACUCGCGCAACUUGCUGCUGGGCAGCCCGAUGCGACAUAUGCUGCGCACCAGUCGGCCCAGUUCGAGUGCGGGGACGACAACACGGCUGCGGGAAACAUCUUCGAAUCGGAAAUUGCGACGACGUGCAACGAUGCGGUGGCUGUCACGGAUCGCAUUCCUGAGCUUCGGGCGUUCUAUGAGAAUGAAGCAAAGCUGUCGAGUUUUGCGGACAUAUGGGCCGAGUGGAGGGUUUGGUGCUCCGGAUGGCGGAUCCAUCGUCCUGGUCGUUUUUCAGGACCCGUUGGUGCCAACACCAGUUAUCCUCUGCUUGUGAUUGGCAAUACGGCGGAUCCGAUCACACCUCUGCAGUGGGCCAGGAAAGCCAGCACCCUCUUUCCUGGGUCCGUCCUUCUCACUCAGAACUCGCCGGGACAUACAUCCAUCGUCGCGGCAUCGGCCUGUACACACGGAGCGAUGCAGGCAUACUUUGUUAACGGGACGUUGCCAGCAUCCGGGACCGUCUGUCAGGUCGAUAUCCCCCUCUUUCCACCCAGAACAUCGGCACGCAGCGUACAAGGCAAAGUUGUCGAUCAGGUCACGAAGAUUGCUGAUGUUGUGUUACCCAUGAUCCGUCGUACUCGCUGAACGAUUUCGAGCGAUUGACUUGGGAACCUUCUAUAGUUGCAAGAAUUGAUGCCUGUUGUGUUGAGGCCAUUGUUUUACCCGCCCCCAUUAACGGAAAAGUGUGGGUGGCGCUGGUCUCUGGAGAACAUGAGACCGUCCUUGGAGUUGCCGGGGACGUUUCUAUCCUUCUUACACUCUAUGAUCCACAAAUAUCUAUCAAUCAACCGGCACCUGUGGACACAUCGACAUUUGUUCAGACCCCCUCCUAUCUAUGAUCAAACGAAAUCCCAGGUAACGCCAGUCAAGCGGCCAACGGAGGGAUCAGCAAGCUGCGCAAAGGCCGCGGGACUAAAGUCCAAGUCUGCAGCGCCAGCGCAACCCGCGCAUCGGUCAGUGAUUGCGACCGUCACGCUCUUGCCCUCGACUGUGAUGGUUGAGCGGGAGAGAAUCAAACGAGUCAACAGGGCAACAGGAGGAGACUCACAGUUGGCAACGAUCUGUCUGCCGCAGAUCGGGUUAGUGUUCGGGUUGGCUGUGGCACCGCUGAGCGGCGAUUGGGAUGGAGAUUUAGUCCCGGGUUUUCCAUCAGUGAGAGAGAACACAAACGGGAAGGAGUCGAACGUUCCUGCUCCUACAGCAGCGAUGAAAUCAGCAUCAGUGUUGGAGAUCCCGCAUGCGCCGAGGCCGGUCUCGAAGAACGUGCCUGCGGUUCGUGGUCCCAAUUCGUUAGUCACUGGGAGCUCAACGAUCCUGGAGAAGCCUCACCGUCUCCGGAGAAGCCCUGUCUUGCCUUCAGAGCCACGGGAACCGCCGAGGCGAGAAGAAGCGGUGCGGCGAGUAGUGCGAGCGUGCGUUGGGUGAAGGCAAACAUGUUUGAUAAUGAAAAGUGGAAUGUACGCGCAGCGCACUGAGUAGGAGUGAUGAAGAGAGAAACAAAAGGGAAGCAAGGAGAAGUUGAAGACGACCACAGGGAUGGAGAUUGGACUGGUCGGCAGUGGGUCGCCAUUUAUACCAUCCGACGGAUGCACUGUUCCAUAUCUCACGGAGAGCUUAUUCUGAGUGUCAGUCAACUCGGUUGUCGUAUGAGCAUCUGUUGCCUGUUGAGCGUUACCAAGACCGGUCUGGAAUCCAUCCCGAGCUACAUCUCCAGGACGCUCGUUGUCGUCGAGUAGCAUAGCCCAUCGAUCCACAUACAAAUCUCGGCCAGAUGAAUGUUCAAGCUUCAGAAAACGCAAUUCC